AUGGACGACAAGCUGGAUCAUCCUCAUAUCCUCAUCACCCCGCACACCCUCGUCGAAGAUGAUGAAGAUCAUGACUGGCCAACUACAUUCUCCAGCAACAUCCGCUUCUAUGAGUGGCAGCAAGGCGCGUCCGAGGCAAGCCUCGUGCAUGACCGGAACUUGAACGGCGAGUUCAACUCUGUUUGUUCCUUUGCCCACUGCGACGGGUUGGUGCUUCUCCCAACCGACAUCAACCCGGCCACCAGGGACACCGUCACACUGCCAGAGAGUAGCAACAACAAGAUACCUGGUCUCUUCAACCUCCCCAUGGGGUUUGGCCGUGAUCCUCGCACCGGCAUGUAUAAGGUAGCCCGGUCUUUCGUCCGUUCCAUAGAUCCUGACAUAGACCACAUGGGGAUGGAGAUCUUCACCAUUGGCCCUGCUGCUGCUUCAGCAGCUUGCUGGAGGGAGACCGCAGCAGAUCAACCGUACCCUGUGAUAGGGUGGCUAACUGCCCAAUGCGUCAAGGAGGCUAUGUAUUGGGUCAUUGACCGAUACCUUCUCAGCCCUCGGCCGUAUGGUCUUCUCCGCUUCAGCCUGGAAGACGAGACGUUCGUCUGCCGGAUUUAUCAGACCCCGUGGUUGAUGGCUUCUACCUGGAUGUGCUGCAGCGAAACGACUUUUACCUGGAUGCGGUGCGCGGAGAGCUAUGGUUGA